GAUUUCUGUUAAUAAGAAAAAAGAGAACUUAACUAAGAGAAAGAAACAAGCUCUUAAAUCAUUAAAAGAUAAUAGAGAGCUAGUAAUUAGACAAGCCGACAAAGGGGGGAGUAUUGUGGUCCUAAAUAGAGAUGACUAUAUGAAAGAGUCCCAAAGAAUAUUGGGGGACUCUAAUACGUAUAAAAUCCUGAAAAGUAACCCUACGUGUAAUUUCAAAAAAAAGUUAUAUGAGAUUUUGGAUGAAGGUUUUAAGAAGGGGAUCAUAGAUAAAGAUGAAUUUGAUUAUCUGUUUAUCUCGUCCCCAAAGACAGCUGUCUUUUACUACCUGCCAAAGGUACACAAGAGCCUUAUAUCUCCACCGGGAAGACCUAUUAUUAGUGGGAUUGGCUCUAUGACUAGUAAUAUUUCCCAAUAUAUCGACUUUUUUCUUCAGAAAUAUGUGACACAAACAAGAUC